UAUAAUGAAAAUAUUGAUGACAUAAUCGUAUACAAAUAUUCAACAAGAAUACGACGUAACUUGGAACGGUCUUCCCAUCCCAAUAAUGUAACCAAAUAUCCAAAGAGUUUCUGCUUUAUUUUCUAAAUUAAAUAAAUUUCCUAAUUUCCCCCUAUUUAAAAUCCCUCUUCAUCUCCACCACUUCUUCAAACAUUACCCUUCACUCUUACUCUCUUCCACCGUAGCAUUAAUUCUGGUUAUGUUCGCCGACGACCGCCGUGAUUCUGAAAGCCCCUCCGCCCGCGGCUUCCGCUACCGCCGCCUAAGGUAAGCCCAACAAUCAAACGCUUGAGGGAGAAAAGUAUUAUCUCCAAAAACAAAAAAAGAGAAGAAAAGAGAAAGUCGAUUAUAUUUAAUACUAUUAUAAUGCCGUCGCCGAAGAGUCACCGGAAAGGAAGCCAUGAGAAGAACAAGAAGGGGCGGUUGUCGGAGAAGGCGUCGUCGUUUCACGGGAGAGACGCCGGAGCUGUGGCCGACAUGCUUCCGCGGCCGAGGACAGUGCCGGACUUGCUGGCCGGCAGAAGAGCCGGCGCGAGUUCAUCGCCGCCGCCGCCGCCGCUGCCGAAGCUGACGAAGUUGCUCGUGAACGUGACGAUACAGAGGAGCCCUGGCCCCGUGCACGUCUUGAUGCCGCCGGAAGCCACCGUGCAGGACCUGAUCACGGCGGCGCUCCGCCAGUAUCUGAAGGAGGCGCGGCGGCCGGUUCUUCCGGCCACCGCCGCCUCCGCCUUCGAUCUCCAUUACUCACAGUUCAGCUUAGAAAGUUUGGAUAGGGAGGUGAAAAUAGUGGAGUUGGGGUCAAGGAACUUCUUCCUCUGUCCGAGAAAGACGGCGGCGGAAAGCGGCGGCGCAGCCGUGAGCUCGAGCUGCUCAAAGGAGGCUGAAGAGGGAACCAACAAGAAAGGGUUGCCUUGGCUCAAAUUCAUGGAUUUUUUGCUGUAAAUCAAGGCUGAUUAAUUACAGCCACGAUUACUUGUGCCACUAAUUCUUUUAAAAUAUUAUUUAGUUUUCAAAAGGUGUAAAUACAGUGAAAUCAUAGAAUAUGUUUUUUUUAGAGUUCCUAUAGAGUUUAAUUUAGCAUACUGUUGGUGUGCCCAGAUUCAGAAUAUCUGUUUUCUAGAUUAUAAUUUUAGUCUCUCAAAUAAACAGAAGAUGUCAACUCGUGAUAUGUUGGAACUCUCGGAGUUUGGUAUUUGACAUUUUCCUAUAUAAUUUAUAUACCUUAUUUAACAAAAGUAUUGAAGGAA